AUGUCCCAGAGCCCCUCUGCGUCCAUCUCGAACGGCUCAGAGGCCGCUGCGAAGAAACGAAAGACUGCUGCUGCCGCCUCUCCAAACAUGGCUCUCACGUCAACCGCUGAGGCGGCGAGCACUCAGACACCCUCGGCCCACAUCCCCAAGCGAGGUGCUCGGGCCUGCACUGCCUGCAGAAAGGGCAAAAACAGAUGUGAAGGAGAGGCUCCCUGUCGACGCUGCCAAGCGAGUGGUACUCCCUGUGUUUUCGAAAAACCAGAGAAGAAAAAUGCACAGGCCCUGUCCAAUGCUAGUGUUGAGCGCCUUUCGAGAUUGGAGGGCCAGUAUCUGGUCAUGCAAAGCCAGAUGAUAGGCAUGCAGUCCUCUCUCGACCGCAUCCUUUCGGCUGUCCAGAGCAACGGCAGCAUGGCUAUGCCACCUCCCAUGUACCCCCCGCACAUGGAGCCCCAUCGCGAGGGAGGAGGAAUGCCUCCUCAACACCGAAAUGGAUUUGAAUCCGGCGCCGGGCCCUCUGACCGUGGAAGGGUCUUCCCGCCGUUGCCGGGUUUCGCCCCGCCUUCUCACAAAUAUGCAAACUACGGCAUAGUUCCUAGCACCGCGCCCUCGUCUGAUGAUGAGUCGGAGGAUACCCUCCCGAGAGCAUCUCUUAAUGCCCCGAUCGAGGCACUCCAAGGAUUGGCCAAUGCUGCGGCUGAAGCUGCAGCAGCCCCAUCCGCAGAACCGCCUAGGGUUAAGAAACGCAAGCGCGCUGAACCUAUCCCAAGGAAUGCCUUCCCCCAUGUCGUCGAAAAGGGCUUGGUCACCGAUUCAGAAGCUCGAGAGCUCUUUAACAUCUUUUUUGCAGGAUGCCAUCUCUUUAUACCGCUUUUCGAUCCCUCCUAUGAUACCUAUGAAAGCUUGAUGGAAAGAUCACCUUGGACUUUCGACGCAAUCCUCGCUGUAGCCGGCAAAAUCCGCAGUGGAAACGGGCCUCUCAGUCCAUCAUUCUACAAAUGUCUGGAAGAAGCUCAAGGUAUCGCUCGCUCCUCCCUUUUCGGACCUGUUGUAAGGAAAGAGGCCGUACAAGGAAUGCUCUUGCUCGCUGCCUGGAGCACCAAUGGUUGGCUCCCUAGUGGACACGCGAUGCGUAUGGCCCUCGAUCUAGGGCUUCACCGUGCCUUGGAAAAAUUGGCGGAGGAUAGCGGCAAGCAGCGGUCCGAAGAGGAAGAACGCAACCUUGUCGUCUCUGCCAGGAUAUGGCUCUGUUUAUAUUGGUUUGACCAUCAAAUGAGUCUUGGAACGGGCCGGCCCAUCGUCCUGAGGGACGAGAACACCAUCCGUCACUGCAGGAUCCUGUUAACUCACCCAAUGGCGUCUCCAACUGACGUCCGCCUGAUCUCCUUGGUUGAGCUGAUUGCCCACAAAACCCAAAUCUACGACUUUUUAGCCCCAUUGAACGGACAAGUUACCGGCAAUACCCUGUCCAUUAUCAGGAGAGCUAAUGAUGCUCUCGAUAAGUGGUGGUCCAGCUGUGAUGAGCUCCAUCGCCGUACGAUGGAUCAGGAUUCACUUUUGCGCAAAGUACUGGCCGGAGAAUUACACUAUGCGAAAUUAUGGCUUGUCUGCGUGGCUCUUCGCGGGGUCGCAUGGGAUAAAAUGCCGUUUGAACAGCGUGAACUCGCUUUCCAAGCCAAAGAUGCGGCCUCCAACUGCCUGUCCAUAUUCCUCAACUCGUCAGAAUACCGAGCUGCCCUUCGCUACGCUGUCCAUGACAGCCUCGUCACUGCCGCGUUCUCGGGCCUUUUCCUCCUUAAGAUGGCCAACCUUUUCCCCACUGAGCUCGACUUAGGAGCUAUCACGACCCAGGUCGAGCACAUUCUGUCGUCACUCUCUGAUCGCUAUCGGUCAUACAGAUAUGCUUUAACUUUGCGUAUCAUGCUCGCCAACCUUCGCCGAAAGGUUGGUUUAGGAAGCGGCAUGACCACGCCAGCCCCACCAACAAUGCCGCCACCUCCCUUUGCCGAAAACAUGAUUGUGUCUCCAACGUCGACCUUCCAUGAUCCUGGCAUGCCCCCUCCCUUCACCAUGGAGGAGCUCGGAUUCGUCUGGCCCAACGACAGAGGUAUAUUCAGCCCUGCUGCCAUUCCUGUAUGGUUACAAGAACAGAGCUUGGCGGAUCUCGGCCUCCCAGUCAACGGUUCCGAUGGCAUAUUCCUGUCAAUGGGCAAGAACGGAUGGGCUGGAGAUUUUGCACCUAUGCCUGAGGCUUGGUAA